AUGGCAAUGGCUCUGGAUCUGUAUGACAUCCCAGCCUCCAGGCUGGACUCUUUCGUGGCUCAGUGGCUGCAGCCCAGGCGGGAGUGGAAAGAAGAGGUGCUGGAGGCUGUGUGGACCGUGGAGCAGUUCCUGCGGGAGGAGAACUUUCACGGGGAGCAUGGGCUGGACCAGGUGCAGGUGCUGAAGGUGGUCAAGGUGGGCUCCUUCGGGAAUGGCACAGUGAUCAGGGGCGCCACAGACGUGGAGCUGGUGGUGUUCCUGAGUUGCUUCCACAGCUUCCAGGAGGAGGCCAAGUACCACCAAGCCAUUCUGAGGCUGAUGUGGGAAAAAAUGUGGCAUUGCCAGGACCUGCUGGCCCUUGGGCUCGAGGACCUGAGGGUGACCCAGGAAGUCCCCAGUGCUCUUGUCUUCACCAUCCAGACCCGGGGAAGCACGGAGCCCAUCACUGUCUCCAUCAUGCCUGCCUACAGGGCUCUAGGGCCUUCUGUUCCCAGCUCUCAGCCACCCCCUUCGGUCUAUGUGAAUCUGAUCAAGGCCUACCGUUACCCUGGAAAUUUCUCCCCGUCCUUCAGUGAGCUGCAGAGAAACUUUGUGAAACAUCGGCCAACUAAACUGAAGAGCCUCCUACGGCUGGUAAAACACUGGUACCAGCAGUACGUGAAAGCCAAGUGCCCCAGGGCCAGUCUGCCCCCUCUCUAUGCUCUAGAGCUGCUGACCGUCUAUGCCUGGGAAAUGGGUACUCAGGAGGAAGAGAAUUUCAGGUUGGAUGAAGGCCUUACCACCGUGAUGCAACUGCUCCAGGAGUAUGAAUUCAUCUGCAUCUACUGGACCAAAUACUACACACUCCAGAAUCCAAUCAUCGAGGACUUUGUCAGAAAACAACUAAAAAGAGAGAGGCCCAUCAUCCUGGAUCCGGCUGACCCCACCCACAAUGUGGCAAAAGGGUACAGAUGGGACAUAGUCGCUCAGAGGGCCUGCCAGUGCCUGAAACAGGACUGUUGUUAUGACAACAGGGAGAACCCGGUCCCCAGCUGGAAUGUGAAGAGGGCACGAGACAUCCAGGUGACAGUGGAGCAGUGGGGUUACCCAGAUUUAAUUCUCUGGGUGAACCCUUAUGCACCCAUAAAGAAGGUGAAAGAGAAAAUCCAGCGGAGUCGGGCCUAUUCGGGCCUGCAGCGACUGUCCUUCCAGGAGCCUGACGGCGAGCGGCAGCUCCUCCGCAGUCACUGCUCCUUGGCCUAUUAUGGGGUCUUCUCCAACACCCGCAUCUGUGUGCUGGAGACCAUCCCCCCCGAGAUCCAGGUCUUUGUGAAGAAUCCCGAUGGCGGGAGCCAUCCGUACGUCAUCCACCCCAACAGCUUUGUCCUGGGCCUGAAGCAGCAGAUUGAAGACAAGCUGGGGCUGCUCAGGAAGCAGCAGCAGCUGGAGUUCCAAGGCCAAGUCCUGGAGGACUGGUUGGAUUUGGGGCGCUAUGGCAUCCAAGACAGCGACACCCUCAUCCUCUCCGAGAAGAAAGAAGGAGAGGCUUCACUUCCAGCCAGCUAG